UGAUAACAAUGGCAAUUAGCGAAACAUUAAAUCAAAAUAACUUACAGAGAGGUGGCAAAUCUAUCAAUUGGAUAUGGAACACUGAGAGUUCCAGAAGUCCAGACAUUCAACGACGCAGGAGAUACUUGAUCGAUGAGACAUCCGAUCAGUGGUGGAAUGACAUGAAAACCAUUUGGGAUCCAAGCGAUGGUGCGGCAACAACAACAAAUCCUUUGUCUCCAGAGGAAGAUAUUUAUUUUUCCGGUCGAGGCGGUCACUCUUCUCCUUUUUCAAACUUGCAAUCGCUUCCUGCGCAGAUGAAUACUACUGUUGAAGCAGCUAUCAUGGUCGAAAAUCCGCAGCACAGUGACGUAGACAGCAGUUUAAUCCGGGAACUAAUAAUAGAAGAGCACCACAAACCGUCAAAAAUUGAGCUCCAAUCAGUUUCCCAACGCUUGAGGGAUAUCAAGGAAAACAACACAGCCAUUCCUGAGCCUCCCAUUAAGACAGAGAAUGAGUCUAAAACGGAAGAACUGAGAGAAAUAGAAUCAGAAGAACCAGUCGUGACGAGAAAUGAAGGAGGGAAUUCCCCAUCGUUUGUGGAGUAUGUCGUUCCUGGUGUAGAGUUUGUCGAACCUUAUGUGGAAUACGUAAACAAGCACGAUGCCUUUAGGGAAUCUGAAAGCAUCUCUCAACAGCCAUUUGUAGAAUAUGUCCUACCUUCAGUAGAAUAUAUUGAACCAGAAAUUGAAUAUUUUACAACUCGCAUGUCAAACAGCUCAAAGAAUGUCGAAUCUUUUCCUUUGGAUGACAGCUCUGAAGAAGAAUUCUUUGGAAGAAGAGGUCUACCUCUUGAAGAAGUGAUUACCAUUGACCAAAAUCGAUUUCUAGCAGUACAUAAUGAAGAGAAAAUAACUUCAGAGACUAAAAGAGCAGAGAAACAGAGAACAAUAAAGCAGAGCGUAAGACACCAAAGAAUACACAGGAGGAAUCCUGGGUGGGGAAUUCCAGAAGUAGACUAUCCGACGUUAGAGAUCUUGCCUGUAGUGCAUUUCCCUUGCGAAGAAUAUGCUUCUCCUGGGUAUUAUGCUGAUGUUUCUUCAAGGUGUCAAAUGUUCCAUAUCUGCCAUGAAAAUGGCCAAAGAUCCUCAUUUUUAUGUCCUAUUGGAACCGUUUUCAACCAAGAAUAUCUCGUCUGUGAUUGGUGGUACAAUGUUGAUUGUGGAAAUUCUUUGAAUCAUGACAUAACAGAUUCUUACGAAGCUUUUGGCACGAGUGAGGAAAAAAUAUCUCUGCCUUCGAUUGCAAAACCGAAAGUUGAUAGCAUCUCUUGGAAUAAAGAUAACAAAAAUCAUUCAGACAAACUUUCUUUGUUUUCAGCUGUGAAAAUGAAACCAGAAGUUAACAACAAAUUUCAACACAGUAAGAAAACAGCUGAAAGACAUCCAAAUCUCUCCCAAAAGGCAAUAAAUUAUCCUAUUGGUUAUGCAUUACUUUUGCGAGAAUUUGUGAAAAAUUCCCCUCGUUUUUCGCCAAAUCAACCGGAAGAUUCCAAACACACAGAAAAUCCCGGUACACAAAAAUUAGAAAAUAUAAAAGAGUUUCCAAAUGAAUCGAAAAUUGCCAGUGACAAUGAGAGAAUCCUUCAGAAAAAUAAUGAAAAUUUGAAAAACAAAGGAAAUACAGAAACAGAGACCAAAAAAGGAAGGCAGAAACAGGAAUAUUACGGUGGUUCGAAGCCCUUUUCUUUAUCCGAAAAAAGAAUCCAUGAAAGGGUGAGAACAAAGAGAAUUAAAAUAAGAUAUUUUCCAAGAGAGUCCCAGAAAUUAUCAUCAGCUUCCAACUAUACCUCUGAAGAAUCAGAGCCUGAUCCAGAGAGUCAGGUUCCUAUACAAGAGUACAAUGCUUACGCACCUUACAUUCAUCAUUAUGGAACAAAAAGUAGAAUUAAUAGAAAGAACACUAAGGAAAAACCAGUAAAUAAUAAAAUGAUUAUUGUUAGCGACAAUCCAAUAAAUGUACCAGAUCAAAGAAAUUACUAUAAUAUAACAGAUGAAUUCGAAAUUAUUCAUCUUCAACGAAGUAAUAAUAAACCGAAGAACACAUUAAUUAAAAAAUAUCCAAAACAUAAUUAUUCCUCAGCUGCAAGCAUAGCUAACUAUAAGAAAGAACUUUAUUCAGACGAUGACGAUCAAUUAGAUGAGGUUGAUGACUUACAUCACUUAGAAAAUGUGACAGAAAAAAGAAAUAAUUCGAGUGACGAUCAUACUACGGAGCCUGAAAACAGACACUCAACCACUUUAGCACCAUUACAUAAAAAAAGACAAGUCAAUAAUCAGACAUCAUCUGCAGGCGAUAUUUUCCGUGUUGGAUACCCCAUUAUCGAUUAUGAGAACUUUUUGGAUGCCGAGGACCCGUAG